UAUUUUCGUUCACUCACCGUGUGCAAAAGACUGGUUUCCAGCUUGAUAUCCUGUACAACAUUAUCGUAGUAUCUAGCGCGGGUAACCAAUGGCGAGCGUUUGGUUUCGUCUGCAAAAAUCAUAGUUUAACACACGCGGCAAAAUAUUCAAACAUCGCUCAACAAAUUUCAACAGACAAACAUGGCAGAUAGCAUGAUUUACUUUCUGGUACAAUGGGAGGAUUGCUAUAUGAGUGUAAUUUCACCCGAUAGCGUUCUUUUGCCGAAGAAAAACUCAAAAUGGGACUACGAAGAGGGCGAUCUAAUUGAGGCUGUUUACAACAGAGGGAAGUCGUACCAGGCAGUGAUUAGCGAGGUCCAUCGUUCGCCAAAGUUCUCAGCAGAGGUCAUUGUGGCAAACAAAAGAACCUCAAGAUGUGAAAGCCCACAUGUGAUCAAGGAAGAAAUACGGGCACUGAGGAGGAAGAUAAGGAAGCUUGAAGAUAGGGUUGUGGCACUCGAGUCAGGUGGUUCCAGUCAGCAGGAUAAUCUUUUAAAAUUGGUUUCCCACCUGGAUGCUAAUGAUGUCCAGCAAGUUUUAUCAACACUAUGCAAAGCUAUAUUCUCAAAUGAGGAGUUGAUGAACUGUAGCAGAACAGGGAAGAGAACCAAUCAAUGUUCUGAGAGAGGGCCACACCCACCUUUGGACAUUGUUAAGGUUGAAAAGCUGGAGCAUUUUGUGCGUGAAAAAACUAACAUAAGCAAAGAUUGCUUCAUUAAAAAGUUUGAAAAUAUGCAGAAAACACUGCGCCAAAAAAAGAAGCAAUAAUAUGUCAAUAAUAUGUCAUUGCUGAUAUGUGAAUUAAAAGAGCAAUAGUCACAUUCACAUAUUUUAUUGUUUAUAUGGAGGCCUUGUCUGUGUCUCAGAAAGUCUAUUUUUGGCCAUAAUUUACAAGUUAGACCUUGCAAACAUGUGCAAAAUCAGCGGCCUCUUGUGAGCGCUCAUUUGGGGCGCUUUUUUGCAGAAUAUUUAUCACUGUCCUGAGUCUUCUUUGAGGUCGCUGCAAAAUCUAAGGCAAAUAUGAAUAUUAGGCAAUUUUUACUUCUUGAAAUAUUCUUAAAAUGCAAAUAAUUUUGUGCAUGAAAUUUCAAGCAUUUAUCUUCAUGCACUAUUCACGAAUAAAAUAUUCAUGAACAGAAAAUGAGACAUUAAAAUAAUGAACAAAAAAGUUCAUGAACUCUUCAUGAAGUUCAUUUUCAAGAAUUUUCGUCAUAUGUUCUUGAACUCUUCAUGAACAAGAGUUGUUAAUCAUUUCAUGAAUAAAUCCAUGAUAAAAACAACUUCAUGAAUACUUCAUGAAUUUGGCCUGUUUUGAACUCUUCAUGAACUUUUCAUGAAUGUGGGCUGUGCAUGAAACCAUGAAUAAUUCAUGCAUAUGUCUCUUCAUGAAUACUUCAUGAACUGUCGUUUCAUGAGUUUUUUAUGAAUAAGUCUCAUUUUCUGUUCACUUCUUUCACUUGAAGUCUUCAUGAAGUAACUUCAUGAAUCUUUCUUGAAUACUUCAUGAAUACUUCAUGAAGAAUGACUAA